AUGGCCACGGAUCACACUUGCUCCAUGAUAGAACCGGAUAGCUCAGCGUCGGGUGACACCGAGCACCAGACCGUUGAGAGCGAUUACGCCUCCAUCGCCUCCACAAUCCCGAACUACGUCUACCAGAAUGGAAGAAGAUAUCAUUCCCACCGCAUGGAUCAAUAUCUGCUCCCCAACGAUGAACGAGAGCAAGAACGUCUGGAUUUCAUCCAUCAUAUAUUCCGCUUAACUCUGGGAGGGGAAUUGUGCUACGCAAAGUUGGACAAUCCCCAGCGCAUCUUGGACAUCGGCACUGGAACUGUCGGGGAGACCUUUCCAUCCGCUGAGGUUAUUGGAACCGACCUUUCUCCCACGCAGAGCAGCUGGGCUCCGCCAAAUGUGCAAUUUUUGGUGGACGACGCCCUCCAGGACUGGGUUUUUCCUGAGUCAUCCUUUGACUUCAUCCACAUUCGCACCCUAGGUGGGAAUAUCCCGGACUGGCUAUCAUUUAUGCAGAAAUGUUACAAGUACCUGAAGCCAGGCGGUCAGAUAGAGAUAUCAGAGUGCCGACCGCGGUUUUGCUGUGAUGACAAUUCGUACCCCCAGGAAUGUCGUACGCGGCACUGGAUGAAUGAGUUUGAGCGGGUGACUGCGCAAACCGGGCUUGAAUUUGAUCCAUUUCCUCAAUGUGCCGGCCGCCUUCAACAAGCCGGUUUCCAGGAUGUCGAGGCGGUAGAAAGAGUAGUCCCUAUUGGAACAUGGCCCAAGGACAAGGCGCUAAAGACACGAGGACGUUAUUUCAUGGCGCAGCUUUUGGGUAAUGCCCUUGAGACGUAUACCCUCUCCUUGUUCACUCGCACCGCCGGCUGGACCCCGGACGAAGUGUAUACGCUACUAAACGGUGUGGCGGAGGAGCGGUUUCACUGUUGGCAGGAAGCCAUGGAAUUGAACGACACUUCCUAA